AUGGCUGGAAAGAAACUUGCUAUUGUCAUUGUUGGUGCGGGCAUUGCCGGUCUUGCGGCCGCUAUUGCCCUUCGAGAAAAGGGACACCAAGUGACAGUCCUUGAGGCUGCUCCGCGGCUGUCUGAUAUUGGGGCCGGUAUUCAGGUCCCACCGAACUCUGUUCGACUUCUCAAGCAACUUGGUGUCUAUGAGCCGAUAGCGAAACUCGCUACCUGGCCGCGCUCUAUUACACUUAAAAGAUGGCAAAACGGAGCCAACAUCACUAAGACCCCGCUGUAUCCGCAGAUGGAGGAAGUAUACGGCUACCCUUACUUCCUAAUUCACCGAGGGGACUUGCACAAGGUGCUCCUGGAUCGCGCUUAUGAGGUAGGCACCGAAGUUAAAGUCAAUGCCUCCGUCUCCGAGGUAAAUGAAGCUGCUCCUUCAGUCACCCUCAACGACGGUACUGUGUAUAGAGCGGAUUUGCUCAUAGGCGCAGACGGAAUCAAAUCCCAGGUCCGAAAGGCUGUGAUCACGGAUCGAGACGUGGAGAUUAUCCCUGACCCGAACUGCGCGUACAGAACCUUAAUUCCUGGAGAACUCAUGAUGGAUGACCCAGAACUUAAAGCGCUUAUCGAAAGUCCCGCCGCAAAUUGCUGGAUCGGACCCGAGGGCCAUAUCAUGGCGUACCCCAUCCGCAACGGAGCCUUGUACAACUUCGUCAUGUGUCAUCCCGGUUCGGUGCCUGUGGGAAAACCCAACGAGCGAGCGAGCCUAGAUGAUAUGAACGAGAGGUACAAAACGUGGGAUCCGGUUAUCUGCAAACUCAUCGCACUUGUCCCGCAGUGUCUGAAAUGGCAGAAUGCAGAGAUUGAGAAGCUCGAGACUUGGGUGUCAAAGUCUGGGAAGGUAGUGCUGAUUGGGGAUUCUAGCCACGCCAUGGUCCCAUAUAUGGCUCAGGGUGCAGCUAUGGCAGUGGAAGACGCGGUUACAUUGGCUGAAUGCCUAGACCGUGUUUUUGAGCAAGCACAGAUUCCAGACAUGAUGAGGCAGUUUCAGGACAUUCGUCUUGAUCGUUGCUACUUGAUUUUGGAUGGUGCGCGAAAUAAUGGUGGUGUGUGGCACCUUCCUGACGGACCUGCACAGCAGGAGCGGGACAAAAAGAUGGGCGAACCACCGAAGCAGCCGGAGCAACAGUCUAAAGCCGCAGAUACUGCUGAAAACCCUAACAAAUGGAGUGACCCAAAGUUUCAGCCUUGGAUGUUCGGGUACGAUGCACGUGUUGAGACCAUUUCGUACUUGGAAAACUGUUCUGUCGCGAUGUAG